AUGGAGGCACUCAAUACUCUCCAAGUCGCUGGCGGUGUGAUCCAGUUCCUGGAUUUUGGGAGUAAGCUGCUUUCUAAUACCAGAAAGCUGUAUCGAUCCCCAGAUGGUGUAUUGUCCGAGAAUGUCGACCUGGAGGUAGUCACCACUGACCUUGCCACCAUACUUCUGAGCUUGGAGCGAAAAUUGCCCGAUCACCGCCCGAUAAAGGCGGAUUGCUCGCAAUCGGAGGACGAGAAGGCCUUGGACGAGCUUUGCAUUAGAUGCGUUGCGAUCGCUGAGGAAUUGAUUGCAAACCUCAACAAGCUAAAAAUUGCCUCAGGGAAGGAUGAGUUAAAAUUGUCCGAGGAUGACAAGGUUGGCAGAGGCAGCUUUCGGGACUCUGAGUCUCAAGACAAGCUGGGGCGGGACAACUGGAGCUCCAUGCUCAAACCCAGUGGAAAGGGGAAGUCUAAGAUCUUCAGGAAGUGGAGUGCUUUUCGUAACGCGUUGGAGGCUGUUUGGAGGAAAGAGGAAAUUGAAGCAAUGGCCGCGACACUGCGGGAGUUUAGAUCGGAAAUUGAAUUCCGUAUACUGGUUAUGUUUCGCCGGGACGACCUUGCCACGCAACUUCGCAGUCAGGUGGAGAAGUUGGUUUUCUCUGAGAUCUCAAAACGCGAUCUCGUGCAUAUGAGGUGGAAGAGAGUCCGACUGCUCAUGAUCGAGAAUGGCGUCUUGGGCAGUCUGAGCUUUGAUUCGAUCCAUGACCGUAAGGACAGUGUGGAAAUGCCUUUCAAGAACACUUUCAAGUGGAUCUUCGAGGAGCCUGGAUCGACUGAAAGGCCAUGGAGCAACUUCAUGACCUGGUUGCGGCAAGACUCUGGAAUUUACUGGAUUAAUGGAAAGGCCGCGUCUGGAAAGUCGACCUUGAUGCGAUAUCUCCAGGACAGUGAACAGAUACGGGCAGGCUUAAAUGAAUGGGCCGGAUCCAUGCCUCUGGAGAUCUGUCACUUUUUCUUCUGGAACAUUGGUGACGAGUACCAAAAGUCUCAGAAGGGAUUGCUACGAUCGCUUCUCCACGAUAUUCUUCAACAGCAUCGAGAUUUAAUUCCCGCUAUUAUGCCUGAAGCUUGGGAGGCGUGGUCCUCGCGAGCUGACCACAUGAUGUUAAAUAGCGGCUCACUCCGCAAUCCGAUGCUACGCCCUGACCUAAAGCCGUGGGGUAUGAUACAAUUAAAUGGUUUCUUUCGAAACUUGCUUCAGACAUUGCAGAGUAGGGUUAAGAUUUGCCUAUUUAUUGACGGAUUGGACGAGUACGACGGAGACCAUUACGAAAUCGCGGAUAUGUUUGAAGAAAUUGCCCAAUCCUUUAAUAUCAAGCUCUGUUUGUCCAGCAGACCGCUCUUGGCCUUCGAACAAGCCUUUGAGGGGCAGCCUAGCCUCAAGCUUCAAGAUCUCACGGCGAGAGACAUAAGUUACUACGUCAAAGAAAACCUGUAUCGCCAUAAAUACAUGAUGGCCCUCGCAAAGGAAAAUCCAGCUCAAGUGUCUGACUUGGUGGGCGAUGUUGUUGAAAAAGCACGCGGUGUCUUUCUAUGGGUUAAAUUGGUCGUCAGGUCAUUAUUGCGUGGCCUAUCAGACUACAACCGCAUCUCUGACCUCCAAAGACGGGUUGAAUAUUUGCCUGGUGACCUGGAGGCUCUAUACUCCCAUAUGCUACAGAUGACGGAUCCAUUCUACCAUGAACAAGCUUCGAGAAUCUUUCAAAUAUAUCGAGCUGCUCAGCAGCAGUGCCCGAGUCAGUUGACUUUGUUGAAUUUAUCAUGGGCGGACGACGAGGACGAAGAUUUGGCGGAGAAGGCCCCGAUCCAGCCACUCUCUCAUAGCAGGAUUGCAUAUCGAUGUAAAGCAAUGGAUGCUCGCCUAAAGAGUGUAUGCGCCGGCCUUCUUGAGUCAAUCGACACUAGGUUUUCAGAUAUCGCUCCUGACGCGAAGGUACUCUUUCUACACCGAACAGUCUCAGAUUGGAUAACGCAGCCCAAGGUUUGGAGCAGUAUAACUUCUCAUACGGAAGGGAAUUCGUUUAGCCCCAACAUCGCAAUGCUCAAGUCCUGCGUUUUGCAACUAAAAACUGCCAGCAUAGGCCCCUCUUAUCCACUUGACCUGGGGCUCAUCACUGGUGCUCUGAAGUUCGCGGUGGAGGCCGAGAAGGAUCUCAACGGCGGAUUUCCAAGGUUAUUGGAUCAACUGGACAUUGCAGCUUCGUACCACUGGCGAGUCGGAAAACAUUUCUUUACCAGUGAGCCAGAGCCAGCCUCUAUGCCCAGCUCGGUGAACUCAAGCUUCAUUGAAGACGCAAGAGACCAGGAUGACGUGUUCGAAUUCGAGGACCAGGAACCUGAACUGUAUUUCCGGCAGCUACAAGAUUCACGGACUGGGAUUCUACAGGCAUCAUCGCCGCCCUCCCCUGGUGGUAGAAGCCCUGUUGCAAAGACUUCAGCACCCUACCACUGGUCAAAAGGAGUUGAUGUUUCUCGCCUUGGAUGUGCAGGUCGGCCAAGUACCUUUUAUGAUCUUGCAGUGACUAUUGGACUAUCCCACUACGCAAGGAUGAAGUUCGAGUCCGCCAGCAUCGUGGACCAGGAUGUAGAGCAGCAUAUGCUCCUACAUCUAAUUACCUCGAGGACUGACCUAGACCCCACUGUGAUAAGACGAAUUCUAGAAAACGGCACAGAUCCGAACUUGUCCUAUGAUGGAUUCAGUCCUUGGGAACAUGUGCUCCUGUCCGCCGCAGCGCACUUCAACCACGCCCCAUGCGGCCACACCCGGUGCAAAGACCAUCCACCAGACUUCAAAUGGGAAGAAACUUCCAGAAAUUUGGCUGAGAUCAUCCAAGAUUUUCUUCAUCACGGAGCAAACCCCGAUCUUGUCACUCGAAACCACAGUUCUCUACAAGGACAUCCAAGACUCUCGGCAACCGUCCUUAUUGAGAAGCACUUUCCGGAAUUCCUGGUAGUAGAAAGGAACAAGCUCAAAUAUCUCUUGAGCCAAAAAAGAACCAGUUUUGGCCCGGAUAUCGGAUCAGGGGACCUGGAUAACCAACCUGUGAUGUACGACGUCUUCGGUGACGUUGAUGAGCCCAUGGGGCGCAAUGAAGGGGAAGAUGGUGAGAUAGGGGGGACGAGACAUGGACCACCUGGCCCGUUGAAACCCACAUCGACAGUGCGAUGGAUGCUCUCAUGGGUGGUACGCUAUUGA